AUGAAAAACUGCAAAAUACUCCUGUUUGGAGAUCUGUCUGUCCCUUUCGAGGGACAGCUCCAAGCACUUUUGCACGUUCACGACAACCCCUUGCUCACCUCCUUUUUGGAACAAGCUGGAGCCAAAAUCAGAGAUGAGAUUGGGCUUUUGACUACACAGCAGCAGAGCCUCUUUCCUCGCUUCACCACGCUGAUCGACUUGGUUUCGAAGCUUGGUGAAACAGAGGGCACGCCAGUCUUGAGGUUCUGCCUCCUCCCGGUCUGUCAGAUAGGGCAGUUCAUAAAUUACUAUGGCCGCAAUGGGCGUCAGUAUCCAUCGCCUGAUGAAGCCUAUUGUCUUGGCAUUUGCGCCGGGGCAUUCUCUGCAGCGGCGGUCAGUUCAUCGUCAUCUCUCUCAGAGCUGGUCAACAUAGCCAGCGAAACAGUCAUUAUUGCAUUUAGAACAGCGCUUCAUUCAUUCAGCAUCAAGACCGAUACAGUUGGCAACAACGAGGAGCAUGAGAGGAGUUGGUCAGUCAUCAUUCCAGGGGAGGAGAAGGAGAUUCAGGAGAAGUUAGAUCGAUGGGGGGCAUCGGGAAAUCUACACGACCUUUGGAGACCUUAUAUCAGUGCUACAGCACCCAACAACAUCACCUUGAGUGGCCCACCAAGAGUCCUUCAGGGGUUCAUCACAAGUCAGCAACUCAAAUCCCACGAACUUCCUAUUCACUCGCCAUACCAUGCCCCACAUCUCUUUGAUGAAUCUGCUCUCGGGGAGAUUUCCAAGGAUGUGUCUUGCAAUAACGUCUCCUUUUUCCCUCUUAUUUCAGCUUCCACUGGAGACUUGACCGCAUCAGACGGUUACAGGAACACAAUCACGACCGUGAUCAAGGACACUCUUAUCAAUCAGGUGAGGUGGAACUCGAUUCUGAAAGAGACGAUAGGAAGACUUCAAGAGACUGGCUUUGAAAGCUGCAGCAUCCUUCCCUUUUCCAGCAACGCCUCUCAGCUUCUCUCCACAGCUCUCAACCGCGCCAAUCUCAACGUGCAAGUUGAGCAGGUUCCUGAAGUUACCAAGUCAUACUCAACCCAUGGCCACUUUUCAGACUCAAAGAUUGCCAUAAUUGGUUACUCUGGCCGCUUUCCCGACUCUGCCUCCAACGAAGCAUUCUGGGAACUGCUGAGAGCUGGCAAGGAUGUCCACCGCGAGGUUCCAGAGGAUCGCUUCAACUGGAAAACACAUUACGAUCCUACGGGAAAAACCAAGAACACCAGUCGUGUCAAGUAUGGAUGCUGGAUCGAGGAGCCAGGACUCUUUGAUGCCCGAUUCUUCAACAUUUCACCUCGUGAAGCCGAGAAUACGGACCCAGCGCAGCGAUUGGCCAUCACGACGGUCUACGAGGCAAUGGAAAUGGCUGGAAUGGUCCCCAACAGAACGCCAUCUACACAGCAAGACCGUAUCGGCUGCUUCUUUGGAACAACGAGUGACGACUGGAGAGAAGUCAACAGCGGACAAGAUGUCGAUACAUACUUCAUCCCCGGAGGUAACCGCGCCUUUGUUCCAGGACGUAUCAGUUACUUCUUCAGGUUCUCGGGUCCAAGUCUCAGUAUGGAUACUGCGUGCUCGUCUAGUUUCGCUGCUAUCCAAACAGCUUGUGCAUACCUUUGGAGGGGAGAGUGCGACACUGCUGUGGCUGGUGGUACCAAUGUCCUCACUAACCCUGACAACUUUGUGGGACUUGACCGAGGACAUUUCUUGUCGACAACCGGCAACUGCAACGCCUUUGACGACGGAGCCAGUGGUUACUGUCGAGCAGAUGCCGUCGGCUCUGUCAUUCUCAAGCGCCUUGAAGACGCCGAGAUGGAUAAUGACCCCAUCUUCGGCAUCAUCUCAGGGGCAACCACCAACCACUGUGGCCAAACAGACAGCAUCACUCGUCCCCACGAAGGUGACCAGACAUCUGUCUUCAAGCGCAUCAUCCGCCAUGCUGGAGUGAACCCUCUUGAUGUGAGCUACGUCGAAAUGCACGGUACUGGCACCCAGGCCGGAGACGCCACAGAGAUGAACUCGGUGCUAUCCGUCUUUGUUCCAGGGCAUCAACGCAUGCCUCGUCACCCCUUAUAUCUCGGCUCAGCAAAGGCAAACAUAGGCCACGCUGAAUCUGCUUCUGGAGUCUCUUCUCUCAUCAAGGUGCUCAUGAUGAUGAAGCACAGCGAGAUCCCCCCACACUGUGGUAUCAAAACCAAGAUCAACCACAACUACCCCCUCGACCUCAAAGACCGCAACGUAAACAUCGCGUCUAGACCUACCCCAUGGCUUAGAAACGACGCCCCGUGCGGGAAGAGACUAGCCUUCUUGAACAACUUUAGUGCAGCUGGUGGUAACACGGCUGUGCUACUCGAGGACGCACCUCUGCCAAGAGAUCUGCAGGCCGACCCCCGAACUUUUCAUCUUGUGGCUGUUUCUUCAAAGACGGCCAAGUCUCUCAGGGGAAACAUUGAGGCGUUGAUUUCUCAUCUUGAGACGUCGAGGCAUGUCUCGGUCUCUAGCAUUGCAUACACAACCACUGCGAGGCGGAUGCAUCAUGGGUAUCGCAUCACUGCUAUUGGCUCCGACAUAACCUCAAUCGCUCAGUCUCUGAGGUCAAAGAUUGAUAAUUUAGACUCAAAGCCAAUCCCACCAGUUGCCAGGGUUCCCAAUGUAGCAUUCAUGUUUACCGGCCAAGGGUCCUUCUACGUCGGACUGGGAAGAGAACUCUACCUUCACGUGUCCUCUUUCCGAGACGACAUGACACGAUUCGAGAAGAUGGCUAUUCGUCAAGGCUUUCCCAGUUUCCUUGAUGUCGUCCACGGCUCGCAAGCCACCGAGUCGCCUGACCCGGUUGUCUCUCAGCUCGCCAUUACCUGCCUCCAGAUGGCCCUCUCAAGACUGUGGAUUUCUUGGGGUGUGAAGCCGAGCUUCGUCAUUGGACACAGUCUGGGCGAAUAUGCUGCUCUCUUUGCAGCCAAUGUCUUAUCCGCCAGUGACACCAUCUUCUUGGUGGGUACACGGGCGAGGUUACUCACACGGCAUUGCAAGCCUGGCACCCAUUCGAUGCUGGCUGUCAAGGCAUCUGUGGAUGUCAUCCGACCUCUGAUUGAAAACUUCAAGGCCGAAAUCGCUUGUUUGAAUCAACCUACUGGAGUGGUUGUGAGCGCCGAGGUUGAAGAGAUCAGUCAGUUGACCCAGGUCUUCAAGACCAACGGGCUAACUACGACACAACUUGAUGUCCCCUUCGCUUUCCACUCGGCGCAAGUCGAGCCCAUACUGGAAGAGUUUGAAUCAAAAGCACAGGCAGUGAGGUUCUACUCCCCAUCUAUUCCAUAUGUCUCCCCCCUACAAUCAGAGGUCAUCUCCAAGGGGUGUGUUCUGAACGGCGCGUACCUUGCCAAGGCAUGCCGUCACACAGUCAACUUCCAGGCCGCAUUGGAAGCAGCCACAAACAGUGGAAUAUGCAGCGAAAAGACCAUCUGGUUGGAGGUUGGCCCCCAUCCAGCGUGUUCCGGCAUGGUCAAGGGGACCCUGGGCAGCAAUUCCGCUACUACAUCGACACUCCGAAAAGACACAGACACAUGGAAGGUCCUAUCUACGACCCUUGAACAGCUUCAUCUAGCCGGUAUUCAGAUCGACUGGAAUGAGUACCACCGAGGCUUUGAAAAGUUCAACCGCGUGCUUGAGCUGCCGAGGUACAGCUGGGACCUGAAGAACUACUGGAUCAUGUAUCGGAACGAUUUUUGUCUCACCAAGGGCGAGGGUACACAACCUGCAACUGCGGUCUCGGAUGUUCCAAAGCCCAUCAAGUACAUCUCCCCUUCUCUUCAGAGGAUUAUCGAGGAAGAACACAGCAACGAAUCUUCGUCGAUUCUGGUCGAGUCGGAGGUUCAUGACCCGAAACUCGUGUCCGUUUUUACGGGCCAUCGGGUCAAUGGUGCACAACUAUGUCCUUCUUCACUCUGGGGUGAUAUUGCGAUGCAGCUCACCCACUACAUGAUGGAGAAGCGAUCAUUGUCAACGAAGAACACAGGAAUGGACGUCACCAGAAUGCAGAUACAAAAGUCGCUCAUCCUCAGCCCAGAUCUCAGUUCCCAACUGUUCAGGGUAUCAGCAGUAGCAACAUGGUCUACCAGCUCAAUCAAGUUUUCCAUAUUCAGCGUCAACAACCAAGGGGUUAAGGCCGUGGACCACGCCACCUGCACUGUCAAUAUUUCUCCCGCCAAGAUUUGGACCAGCGAGUGGAAUAGAAACGCCUAUCUCAUCCAGAGCAGAGUCGAGGCUCUCCGAAAGUCUGUGGAGCAUGGCGAAGCCCAUCGGAUGAAGCGAGCCAUUGUCUACAGGCUCUUUGCCAACAUUGUGGAAUACGACCCCGAAUACCAAGGAAUGAGAGAAGUGAUCCUCAACAGCGAGGAUCUCGAGGCCGUUUCAACAGUCAAGUUUGAAGUGGAUGACCAAGGCUUCUACUUUAACCCAAAGUGGAUGGACAGUCUUGGCGGAGUUGCCGGCUUCAUCAUGAACGGCAAUGACAGCCCUCAUCCAAAGGCUGAAGUGUUCAUCAAUCAUGGAUGGGAUGGCUUCAAGUGCAUCUCGAGAUUUCAGCCUGGGAAAACAUAUCACAGCUACAACAGAAUGCAGCUUCGUGAGGGCACGCUGUAUGCGGGGGAUACCUACAUCUUUGAUGGAGAUGAGAUUGUUGCCGUGAUACAGCAGAUUCAGUUCUUGGGGGUUCCACGUCGAGCUUUGGAUGGCUUGAAGCCCAUGUCCAAGUCAAGUCAGAGACCAGCAGCACCAUCCAGGAGUACAGCACAAACUGUCCCAACUCCAAAGCUGGUGGAAAAGAAGCUCUUCCCAUCUUCGAUACCUCCACAAUCCGCCCCAUCUGCCUCUAGUGGAGUCUGGCCGGGGAUACUAGGCAUUAUUUCAGAAGAGGUCGGCGUUAGCAUCGGCGAUCUCAAGCCUGACACAGAAUUUGUGGAACUCGGUCUCGACUCCCUCCUGUCCCUCACGAUCACGGGUCGUAUACGCGAUGAGUUGAAUCUAGACCUUCCUUCUACCAUCUUCGCCGAGUGCCCUUCAGUCCGAGACCUUCAGCAACUGCAUGGAUCUGAUGCUGCACCAUCAUCGACAGUCACCGACGUGAGCGAUGAGGAGAAGUCGGGCACAUCAACACCAGACACUUCCCUAGCUUCAGAGCCCGAGGCUUUGGAUCAUGUCCAUAUUCUCCGCUCCACAAUAUCUGAAGAAACCGGUAUCAAGUUGCAAGAUCUCUCGCCUUCAACUCGCCUGGAUGAGAUCGGCGUCGACUCACUCCUGGCCUUGACGACUAUGGGCAGGUUGAGUGAGAUAUUCGAAGUUGAACUUCCAUCCUCUCUUUUUGCAGACAAUGAGACUCUUUUGGAAGUUGAGAAGGCCAUCGCUACAGCUCUAGGGUUGGAUACAAAACCAACACGAGUUACAGCCCCUGAAUCACUGCCUUCUCCAACCACGAGCGAUCCAGUGGUUCGUGAUACACCUCACGCGACUUCCAUUCUGCUUCAGGGGUCGGCCAGCUCCGCCACUUCAACUGUUUUCAUGUUCCCAGACGGAUCGGGUUCCGCAUCUUCAUAUGCUACUCUCGCUCGCAUUGACCCGAGGGUGGCCAUCUACGGACUCAACUGUCCCUGGCGCACAACUCCCCAGGACAUGGCCCGGUCUGGAUGCACCCUUGUCCAACUCUCGGCCAAGUACCUGACCGAAAUCCGACGCCGACAGCCAAAGGGCCCGUACAACCUCGGCGGAUGGAGCGCGGGGGGCAUCUGCGCCUUCGAGGCGGCCAGACAACUCGUUGCCGCUGGGGACACAGUCGAGAACCUGAUCCUCAUCGACUCACCGAACCCAAUCGGGCUGCAGAACCCGCCGGCGCGCAUGUACGACUUUUUCCAGCAGCUCGGCAUCUUUGGGUCUGGGGGCAAUGUGCCCAAGUGGUUGCGCCCGCACUUUGACGCCUUUAUCGGCAUGCUCGACGACUACGAGCCAGUCCCGUGGCCAAAGGGCUCAGGCGAGGCCCCCAAGACCUUGAUGCUGUAUGCAAAGGACGGCGUCUGCAGUGAUCCAGACGGCCCCAGGCCCGAGAUCCGCCCUGAUGAUCCGCGCGAGAUGAUCUGGCUGCUCAACGACCGGACUGACUUUUCCGCCAACGGCUGGGCAUCGUUGCUGGGGAGGAGUCGCAUCACGGUGGAGGUUCUGGAGGGAGUCCACCACUUUAGCAUGAUGGAUGCAGGGAGGCAGAUGGAUAAGAUGGGAGAGCACAUCAGGAAGGCGGUUUUAUAA